CCUGUACCAUAAAGAUCAAGAUCGUAGUACGAUAAUAUGGCCAAAACAAUCUGGCAACGCUGGUGUUGAGGAGGAGGGAGCAGUCCCUGCAGGUGCUGGUCACUGGAGCUGUACCUUUUAUACCUUCGUGACUCCGAAUAUAUAGUGAUGUCUGGCAGAGGCAAAGCCAGCGGUGGCAAAAAGAAGUCACGGUCUAACCGUGCUGGCCUCCAGUUUCCAGUAGGCAGGAUACACCGACUGUUGCGCAAAGGGAAUUAUGCAGAGCGAGUCGGUGCUGGAGCAUCCGUGUACCUAGCGGCUGUGCUGGAGUACCUUGCUGCUGAAGUUUUGGAAUUGGCAGGUAAUGCUGCCCGGGACAACAAGAAAAGUCGCAUAAUCCCUCGCCAUGUACAGCUAGCUAUCCGCAAUGAUGAAGAACUCAACAAACUCCUGAGUGAUGUCACAAUAGCUCAAGGAGGAGUGCUACCCAACAUUCAAGCCGUCCUCCUCCCUCAGAAGACAUCUACCAACCCCAAACAGACCAGCCAGUCCCAGGAAUAUUGAACCAUCAUGGAAGAUGGUUACACCACACCUUCACUUUAGACCUAACUGAUGGUCACCAGAGAUUUUGUGCCUGUUUGACUUUUUGAAAUGUUACAAGUCUUUUUGUUACUGUGUGUAUCCAAAAGGUAAUGAGUGUUUAUUUCAUUAUUUUGAUCACAGUUGUUUUACUGCAUCAGUAAUUGUGACAUUUGUAGGGUUAGUUGUGAUUGCUGGUAAAGGUGACUGUAAAAUCUUAUGGAUUUUAUUGUCAUUCAUGUUUCAUUAUUAUGGUUCUUUUUGUAAAAUCUUGUGGAUUUUAUUGUCAAUUAUGUUUUAUUAUUAUGAUUCUUUUUUCUUUUCUGUGGGAGAGAUAGAGUGAGGAUCAUUAGGUAACUCAAAGCUAAUAUUAAUUUUUUUUAAUUUAGAUGAUUUUAAAUUUCAUAUUUAAUAUUGUUGUGACCACUUCUGGUGAUCAGAUACAUAUAGAAAUUUGUCAAGUUUUGGAUUUGUAUUUUAAAGUAUGAUUAACAAAGGAAAAUAAAAGAGGGAAAUCAUUGCAAAUAGGUUUUAGUUUAGAUGUGAAAAAGUUGAUAAAAGGUUGAAAAUAUCAGAGUUAUUGUGAUGUACUCAAUGUUAAAGUAAAUUGAAAAGAAAUACAUAUAUUUUUUUGAAAGUCCUGGAUGCAGAAAAAAGGAACUGAGACAGGGAGUGCCUUGUAUUAGUGUAAAAUUGUUAAAAAUAAUAAAUGUUCCCCAAAUGAUGGAUAAAUACAAGUGUAACACAUGAAA